UUUAAAAUUAACUUAGAGCCUUGAGGAUAACCAAACGAGUUGAUUAAAAAUUAGCCGCUUUGUAAAUUGUAUUAAAGUAUGUAAGCAUUGUACUUAAAAUAAUAAUUAUAAUUUUAUUUUUGAAUUACUUAAAGAAAAACGUACAUACUGGAUUUUAUAUUAUCAUUGAGCAAUUUAUACCACUCGAAAGAAAUAAGUUAUUUGAUUGAGUAAUAUUAAUCAUAAUUUGGAAAAAAAAUAUUAAAUGGAUACUAACAACGUAAUCAAUAAGGUGCAAAAAUUAUUAAAUGUCUUCUAUGUACAACAGAAGGCGGCAAGCAGUGUUACCAAGUGUUGGAAAUGGAACAUUAACGAAUUUACUAAUAAUCAAGUUAAUCAUAAAUAUGCAGUACUUAUUCUCAAUCGGACAAUAUCUCAGAAGCAAGAGUUUAUAAAAAAAAUAUGGAAUAAUGCAACUUUAAGAAUAGCAGUUGACGGAGGAAUGGUACAUUGGGAGAAAUUUGUAAAUAAUUUACCUGUAAAUGACCAGAGAACCAUGAAGCUACCUGACCUGAUUACAGGAGACUUUGACUCUAUAACUGAAGAUGUUCUAGAAAAAUAUAAAAAGAAAGGUUGUAAGGCUAUUCACACCCCAGACCAAGAUCACACAGAUUUUACGAAGGCCUUAAAAGAAUUGAACAAUUACUGCAUAGAUAAUGAAAUUCAGAUGGAUCAUGUUAUUGCAAUAGCCCAAAGCUCGGGAAGAAUAGACCAAAUUAUAGGCAAUAUUCAAACGUUAUAUUUAGUCAGAGAGGAGAGGUUGUUGCACCCUGAAACCAAAAUGUAUAUAAUGUCAGAUGAUUCUCUAACAUGGCUCCUGAGUCCGGGAGAUCAUAUCAUUGAUAUACCAGAAGAAAGCAGGCGAGUUAAAGGUUGUUGGUGCGCCUUGAUACCAGUGGGCGAAGUUUGUGAAAGUGUUACUACAAAUGGACUCAAAUGGAACUUAGACAAUCAGCAGCUGAAAUUUGGCCGAUUGGUGAGCACGUCGAACACUUUUGAUGGAUCUGAACAAGUGAAGAUCAAGUGCAGUCACACACUCGUUUGGGCAAUGGAAAUACCUAGCUUAACAAAUGUACAUUCUGAUAAGGAGAACUGUUAACUUGUGAGUUAUUUUUUGACAUGAAGUUAGUUUAGUGCAGUCAAAUUAAAUAACAGAGGUAAAUGAGGACCCUCUUUAUAAUGUUUACAAUUAGAUGGAUGGACACAUUGUAGCUAACUCAAAUAUUAUUUUUAAGUUUUUAAAACCGUUUAGUCCCUAUUUUUAAUCUGUCGCCGCUCCAUCUACUUCACCAAAGAAUAUUAAAGACAAUAUUUAUAAAUAUAUAACAUGAAAAUAUAUGCAGAUAAAAUAAUAUUAAGGAGUUGAUUCACACUCCUUAAUGGAAGAUAUUUUUCAAGCAAUUAUUACUUUAGUUUUUUUAAAUUUUUUAUCUACCUCAGAAAAAAUGCGUAAUGUAUUGAAUGUAUUGGAUGUUAUAUAAAUUAUAUUUAUAAAAGAAACAUGUUCCUUAUACCGAAUAUAACGUGUACUUAUUCAUCCACUGAAACUUUCUUCUUCGUGCUGGAAUAAUGUGAAGUGACUGACAAUACUUUUAUAUCUGUGAAAUUAAUAAAAGUAAUAAUUAUUAUGUACAUUUCAAACCUAAAAGAGAUUGCCAUAUUAAAAAAUGUUUGAAAGUAAUAAUUGCCUACAAGCCUAUUUCAAUUUGUUGCAUGAAAAAUGGGCAAGUAUAAAGACUAAUGUCACGUGUCUCUGUGUCAAUGUCUCUUCCAGUUUGAUUCUUGCCUCUUGCUGCGGCAUAAAGUUCAUAUGAAAACGGGCUUGACAAAAUAAGAUUUAAAAAACGAUAGGAAUGUUAUUCAUAAAAAUAAUUGAAUAUAACUGCUCUGUCGGUGCUAAUAUCUUUAUCUGCUUAGAACCUUAAUGUCCUAUCUACCUCGCAUAUUAUUUUAGGUGGAUGUGUUUUUGUUGUAGAUAAGACUGUAAUAGUUUUUUUUUAUUUAUUCCAUCAAGUUAUUUAUGGCACAAAGUAUGUUAAUUUUUUUUUUUUUUUUGUUAUAAAGGACUUUACACUGUUAUUGUUGGGUUUAAUUGAUCGUGGUGUUAAAUAGAUUAGUGGGCUGUAUUUUAAAGAUCCGGUAAUCGAACUAGUUUUGCAGACAAAACGAAUUGCUCGCUUCCGGGAUAUAAGUUAUUGUAAUUACUUUUUUAUACUUACUUGUGGGCAUUCAGUCAUAAUAUUGCUGAUGCAAUAAACUGUUAUUGUAUUUGAUUUGUAGAAAAAUAAUUUUCUUUAAUUUGUUUUUUUUUUUUGUUUAAUAUUUAACGACUUCUGCGAUGUAUUUGAGUAAUGUGUUGCCCGAUCUAUACACGAGGCAAAAAGUAAUGAAAUAUUUUAUAAAAAAAAAAAACAUUUUUUUAUGCAAUUUUUGUGGUCUAAGUUUGAAGGCCCAAUUUUUAUCAUAAUAUAUAAUAUCUGUCGGUCGUAUUUGUUAGGUUAAGCGUCACUAUAGUAAGACUGCACAGGGUAGUCGGGUACGCUAUGUGCUCACACAAAGCGAAUGGAUUAGACUGUGAUUAACAUAACUGGUUACAAUUUUAUUAUGUGAUAAUUUUUUUGUGUAUAUUUGUCUAAGUCUUCAUAACUUAAAAAAUAGAUUAAAAUUAAAUUUGAAGACUUACAAGUAAUGUCUUAUUAAAGGAAUUAAUAAUUAUUGAAACAAACGAAGAAAAAUGAGGCUUAUUUUUUAUCUACGUAAAUUAAUAACUCAUAUUGUGGAGGUCACGAACUUGAAAUUUUGUUUUAUCUCCCAAAUUAAAUAGAUAUGUAUCAUCAAAGAUGACAGAAAUCCCAGAUGACAUAAUCAUAUAGUUGUCAUAUAUUUUUUGCAAUAAGACUUAAAUUUUUUUACUUGGGGAAUAAAGUCCAUUUGCCUGAGAGCACUGUCUGUUAACAAUUACAAUUUCUAACGUAACAUACAAAUGUGUACAUCACACCUAUGAAUACAAAAUAAAUAUUAUUAUAUAAUUAAAAAUCCGAUGAAAGAAGAGGACUUACUUAACAUAUAAUUUUUGUAUCAGCAUUGUAUAAUACAAUAAUUGCAACAAAUACAGUAAAAUUUUAGAAUAUGUAUUCUACGGGCCUUGAAUCAUGACCUCUGUGCAUAUAACAUUAAAACCUUGUGUUCAUAGGCGAAUAUAAUUAUUUUUUUAAUAUUGCAAUAUUAUGUAACUAAUAAAAUGUUAAGGCAGUACCUACUUACUAUUAGGUUUAAUUGCAUCCAUUGUUUUA